CCUCCGUCUGGAUGUUGUCUGACGGUUUAAAAAAAAUGGUGAGUCUUGAACCGCUGAAGUCGGUCAUUUCCAUCGGGAAUGUGGACGACACGUCGCUGGCCCUGCCGUCCAUUACCCAGUGCCGCUCAGGACAGCAGCGCGUCCUGGAACAAGUGCAGACUAUCAGGAGGACCAAGUCCAGGCACUCCAGCACCAGCAGAGGGUCUACUUUGUCUCCAACCACCCCAACAAGUCCUUCAUAUGAUUCUGUGUUUUUUGAGUCCCCAAAGUCACAGUCUGGCAUAUCUAAUGGAGGACUCUACUACGGGAAUGGCCUGUCUGGAAUUAUCAGCCAUGAGAACCGGCCACUCAACAACAAUAAGGGAACCAGUGUGAAGAUGAACACAGCAGCCACAACCUAUCAGUAUGAGAAGGCUUACGGCCCCGUCUGCAUCAUGCCGGUUGGUCUGAACGACACCAGCCGCAGCGAGCCUGAUUUCGCCCGGCAGCGCUCCGUGCCAAAGAUUUCUGCUGCUUCGCAGAGACUCCCUUCCAACAGGGGCACCUACAGGACAGAGAGGACCACCAGCCAGUUCAUAACGAGGACUGGAUCCCAACAUCAGCCCCAGUUUCAGUCUCAGUCCCAAUACCAGUACCAGUCUCAGCCUCAGCUUCAGGCUCAGUCCCAGUACCAGUCACAGCCUCAAAUUCAGUCUCAGUCCCAGUACCAGUCUCAGCCUCAGCCUCAAAUUCAGUCUCAGUCCCAGUACCAGUCUCAGCCUCAAAUUCAUCUUCAGACUCAGUCGCAGUACCAGUCUCAGCCUCAAAUUCAGGCUCAGUCUCAGUACCAGUCUCAGCCUAAGCCUCAGGCUCAGUCCCAGUACCAGGCUCAGUCCCAGUUCCAGUCUGUGCGUCAGUCUCAGUCCCAUUUCCAGUCUCAGCCUCAGCUUCCGCCCCAGCCUUCGUUCACCAUGAAUGGCACAAGUCAGACCAAAGCAAACAACGGGUUCCUGUGCGGCAAAAUUGACCAGACCAAAACCACCUCGAAGACUGUCGUCACUGAGACCGAUUCAAAGACCAAAGAAGAUUCAUUGCUUAAUGGCAGUGGAGUUGCUGAUAUCACUAUGAAGGAGGCUGUGGAGUAUCUUUCAAAUGGACAAGAUGCAUAUCAGCACUGUGGCGCUUCCUACAUUCAGCACAACACUUACAUCGAUGACAAGGCUAAAGAGGAGGUGUUGAAGCUCAAUGGGAUCGCUCCCCUGGUGGGUCUGCUUCGCAGUCCCAGCUCACAGGUCAGCCAGACGGCCUCAGCCGCCCUCCGCAACCUGUCCUUUAAAAGCAGCAACAACAAGGAGGAGAUACAGCGCGCGCAUGGCAUCGAGGAGGCUGCAGCGCUGCUCAGAGAUACAGACUCUGUAGAGAUACAGAAACAGCUGACAGGUCUUCUGUGGAAUCUAUCCUCUGUAGACAGCCUGAAGCCAGACCUGCUGAAGAGCGCGCUGCCUGUCUUAAUGGAGCGUGUGAUCCUGCCUUACACAACAGGUCCUGACCGGUCCAGCCAAGACCCUGAAGCCUUCUUUCAUGCCACCGGAUGUCUGAGAAACCUAAGCAGCACGAAGCAAAGCAACAGACAGGCGAUGAGAAAAUGUCGAGGCUUGGUCGACUCUUUGGACAGUUACGUCAAAGACUGCGUGGAUGCAGGAAACCCAGAUGAUAAGGCUUUAGAAAACUGCGUGUGCAUCCUUCACAACCUGACGUUCCAGCUGGAGGCCGAGGCUCCGGCUCUGUUCAACAGGAUGACAGCGUUGGCUAGGACAGUCAACAGGGGCCAGAGCCAGAGCGAAACGGGCCCCAUCGGCUGCUUCAGUCCCCAGAGCAAGUCAUCAGAAGUGGAGCGCAACUUUGACUUCCCUGUCGUGGAGGAUCCACAGCCUAAUGGGGCCGGGCGGCUGUUGCACUCCAGCACUCUGCAGAAUUACCUGUCUGUGCUCAGCACCAGCCAGCGAGAAGAAACACAGGAAGCCUGUUGUGGAGCGCUGCAGAACCUCACCACAAAUGAAGGCAUUGUCUCCAGUGUAAUGAGCCAGACUAUUGUGCAGAAACUUAAUGGCCUGCAAGUCAUCACUCCCCUUUUAAAAUCAAAAAAAGUCAACAUUCAGAGGAACGCAGUGGCUUUGCUUGGAAACCUGAGCAGGAAUCCAAACCUGCAAAAUACCAUAGCUCGUAAAGCCCUCCCAGACCUGCUGGCCAUCCUCAGCGCAGGCACCAAGGAAGGAAACGAGUCUGAUGACACGCUGGCCAUGGCCUGCCAGACAUCCAGCUGCCUGCUAAUGAAGGAUCCUGACAUGGGCAAGCACCUGUUAAACGGCAACCUGAUUCGUUCACUGAAAGAGCUCAGCCAGGACGGAUAUUUCCCCAAAUCCAGCAAAGCUGCAGCCAUGCUUCUCUACAAAAUGUGGUCAGAUAAAGAAUUGCAAAGCCAUCUGAAAAAGAAAGGGAUGCCCAAGUCCUCGUUUGUGAAUGACAUCACCACGGCGGCACACAAGUCGGCUCAAGUUGUGGAUUAAUGCGACAGUCGUUUACCAAAGUAACUCGCCGGCAAGUCGUCUGCACAUCUGCAGCAUCCUUUCUCAUUUCACAAAGACUUACAGAUGCUUUUGAUGCAUGUAUCCACAUAAUGCUCACAUUUAAAUACAAUAGCCUUGUAAAUGCUGUAAGGUUACUGUUCCUUUGUAGGACAAAAAAGGUGAAGGUUAAGAUGCUGUUCUAGUUUUGCACUCAAAUGUCUUUUGAUAUAAAUUUGGGGCCUGUGCCUGUAAUAUGCCACCAUGUGCUUGCUUUAAUACAUAAUAACAUAAGGGUUAAAGGCAAACCUCUGUAUUUUUUUUAACCUGGAUGCUAUUGUCUAAGUGAUUAAUGGGGAGUUGUAAAAUGAGUCCAGUAUUGGACAGUAUACAAACAGGCUGCGACUUGAUGCUAUUUGACCCAGAGAGACUUUUACCUAAAGAGAUCAGAAAGAGAUGUCCAUAAAUGUGCAGAUACAUUUUUCAAACCCCUGCAAAAUUACUCUUUUUACUCUCAGAAUUUGAUUGAUUCGGUCCAAUAACAUUUGGAAAGUCUAGAAGAUUAAAUCAUUCUACUCCUGUUCAAGAAAGAGGAGCGCCAAAAAGGAAGCAGUCAGCUCGGCCAGUGGAAGUUUCUAGUGUGCUUCUUCAUGGACCCAUAGAUGCAGAAGAACCAUAGAAGAUCCUCGUAUUUUUUCAUGCACAAAAGUCAAACUUUGAGCAACUUUCAUAGGAAUGAACAGGCCCACACCUCCAACACUGUAUUCGGUUCUCUUUAUACAUCAAUGGCCAGAGGUUUUGCAGACUACCUUGAAAUGUAAAAUCCACUCAUAACUGCAACUUCAAAAAUCAACGACUAAAAUAGAACACAGGUUAAAAACAAUACACAAGUUCACCUUUAAAAUUGUAUCAUGCACUGAGGUUACUGUUUUAAUAUGAUGCAAUGCUGUAAGAACAACAUAUGUAACAGAGAUAUGUUCAUGAGUUCAUUGCUAUAACAACAGUGAUACUAUCUUAAGCAGUGAUUUGUGUUUACAUUUAGUAAAGACUUGUAUGCAGCUGUUUUUAUAUGUAUGUGUGUGUGAUCUUGGAAUAUUUGUAAUGUCCCAAAAGUUUAAAUAAAUAAAGCUGACAGGUACUAACUCUUCUGUA